AGGAGUUUCAGUGAGGGUUCCCUUAAAGUUGAUUAUGAUGAUCACGUAAUGGCACCUCAGCUGAGGGAAGCAAAGGGCUGAAUAUUAUCCAAGGGUAUAACAUAUUUAUGGGUAAGUGCAUUGUAUAUCCUUAUCUUAUCAGUCAUCCCUACGAUCAGAAUGGGCAGUCAGAAAUAUAUGGAUUUCAUAUAUUUUAAUUGCGGGAAGAAGAAACAAAUGGAGACAAGAUAAUACAUAAUUCCAACCCUGACCUCUGCGGUACCGGUGCAGUGCUCUUACCUAUUAAGCUACCAAGCAAACUGGGUGUAGAUAGUCCGUUAGUAUCAUCUAAAAGUCUACCUCCUUCGUCAGUGUUCAGGAUGAUCAAGGUCUUUUUCUCAUUUGAACAGGACAUUAUAGCCUGUAUUAUCUUUAUGUUUUUUUCCUUUUAUUUCCAAUAGGAGGCGGUGACAAUAUCGCAAAACUGACACAUGCGAAGUUUAAUACUGGUUUUAGCGGUUGUAUAAAGAAUAUAUUUUUCAAGGACAGAGGCAUUGACUUCCAGGGUGACGCUAUUCGCGGCUGGAAUGUCCUACCGUGCGACAGCGAUAAGGUAGAGCCAUGA